AUGUCUCGCCCUAUUGAGCCAUUGAAAGAGAUCAAUGAUUCAAAAGAUUUGUGGAAGAUUGCUGUUAGAUGCAAACAUCUAUGGACUGUCACAAGUUCUUCAAACAAAGAACACGUGGAGAUGGUUUUGGUUGAUUCUAAGAAUGCAGAAUUUCCUGAAAUCCCUCAUAACUACCUUAACAUUAUUGCUUUGAAUUCCAUAGUUGAAGGAAGGUUUCAAUCAAAUGUUUUGGUUGAUUUGAUUGGAGGAAUCACUGAUAUCACUCAAACCCAAGUUAACGGUGACAACAGCAAGAACAGAAUAGUUUUUUCAAUUGUAGAUGCCAGCAAAACAGUCGUACAAUGUACUCUUUGGGGCCAACUUGCAGUUCAGCUAUAUGAGUAUUAUAAGAAUAAUAAGCAAGCAUCAAAUAUUGUCAUUGUACUAAUCAAUGCAAGGGUUAAAGAGGCUCAAGGAGGAUUUCCAGUUAGUGUUUCCAACACAUGGAAUGGAACGAAACUGUUGAUUAAUGACCUUGCUAUUGAGGAAGUCAAGAGUCUAAAAGAAAGACUUGGUGUUGAUUUGCCUUUGUUAUCAUCUUCAAGUGUACAAGUUGAGACGACGCAAAACUCAUUUUAUUCUGACUAUGACAAAUUUGUUUGGAAGGCUGAAAUAAUGAGUCUCUCUGAGAUAACGAAUCUGCAACAUGAAACAACCUGUGUUACCGUUGCUACCCUCGAUAAGUUUGAUGCUGGGCAGAUGGGGUGGUACUAUGAUGGAUGUGUGGAAUGUACAAGGAGUGUGACUGCCAAGGAUGGAAAGCUGAAGUGUUUUAAGGAUCAUAUUAGCCCAGAACCUGUGCCACGGUAUAAGCUUGAUAUAACAGCUGUUGACGGCAGUUCGAAGGCAAAGUUCGUCUUUUGGGACACAGACUGCGUGAAGUUAAUUGGGAAGUCUGCUCUUCAAAUGAAGAUGGAUUUAACACAGUCUGUUGAUUACGAUCCACUUGAGUUCCCUUAUGAACUUGACUCCAUAUUGGCAAAAGAAUUGGCAAUUAGAGCUGUUUAUCAGCCUAAAAAUGGGAGACUUUCUGUCAUUGGCUUCAAGACUGAUGAAGAUGUGCGUAAUAAAAUUAAGGAGAGUUUCAAAUUUGAAGAGGAACCUCUAUCUGCAUCUGCAGAAAAUGAUCUGAGCAUUGAAAAUUCAGGACUCACUCCAUGUAAGAGACUUAUGAAUGAUGCAGUAGAAGAUAAUGAUAGUGUACAACAAUCAUCAACAAAGAUGGCCAAAGAUAUUAAACAGGAGAAAUAG